AAUAAAUACGUAAUUUUUGUUAUCCUUUUUCAACUAUCAUAAUAGAAUGAGAGGGAAUUAUGUGCCAAAAAGCGGUACCUCUGAUCAAAUAUACUUCUCUCACAAAGAAUUUGCAUGUGGCAAAAUCGUGAUACCUAAUCCUAAACAAUGAUGUAAUUUUCUGGUCUGUCAGAGUUUUUCUUUUUGUAGAAGUUCAUUUAAGAAAUGAUACUGGAAGGGGAGUUUAUUAUAAAAUCAGGAAAAUGCUAUUUCGGUUCUUGAAUAAAGAAUCAAUGUUUUAUUCAUGGAAUACAUAAACCAUUGUAUUUAAUACAAACAUUAUUCAGCUUUAUGAACGAAUAAGAACUUUUAUUGAUUCGUAGUUUGCUGGGGAAACAAUGGCUUCUACAAUAAUUGCAAAUGGUCAUGCACAAGAAUCAGCCCCUGUUCCUGAUUUAAAUUUCGAGGAAGUCAGAAUUCCAGUGCCAUGGGGACACAUCAGUGGAAAAUGGUGGGGACCUAAGUUGAAGCAGCCAAUUUUAGCCUUACAUGGUUGGCAAGAUAACAGUGGUACAUUUGAUACCCUAGCACCUAUGUUACGAGAUAAAGGAAUGUCGAUAUUUUGUAUAGAUCUUCCAGGACACGGAUUUUCAUCUCAUUUAUCACCUGGUCAAUUUUAUUAUCUAUUUUGGGACGGUGUACACUUCAUCCGAAGAAUAGUAAAUACUUUUAAUUGGAAAAAAAUAACACUUAUGGGUCAUUCUCUUGGAGGUGCUAUUUCAUUUCUCUACGCUUCUAUUUACGAGGACGAAGUUGAUAGGUACAUUUCGAUUGAUAUUGCAUCGCCUACAGUUUUUCAUGUGGAAAUAUUGAAAAAUCUGCAAGCAAAAGCAAUCGACACCAUUUUCAAAUAUGAGAACUAUGAUCCAAAGAAGCAACCUAGGUAUGAAUAUGAUGAGAUGGUUGAUUUAGUGUUUGAAGCACACAAGGGGUCCCUCACAAGAAAAUCAACGGAAAUAAUGCUACGUAGGGGUAUGGUGAAAGACGAGGAGAAAGCAAAUUGUUACCGAUUGACCAGAGAUCCUAGGCUGAAGUUUUCCCUUCUUGCUUCUUUCACUAGCGAUCAAGUUAUUGAGUAUGCCUCGAGAACUAGGUGCAAAGUGUUGAAUAUCAGGGCAAUCCCUGGGUAUCCGUUCGAUCAAGUAUUAUACGACCAAGUUCUAGAUGCUAUUGCUGAAAACGCACAAUUAACAAGGGUUAAAAUUGAGGGAACGCACCAUUUACAUCUAAACAAUCCUGAAAGUAUUUUUGAACAUGUUUACAAUUUUUUGAUUUCGUAAACAUGAAUAAGGUUAGGUAAUGUGCUGAUGAAGAUAUUUAUUAUAUUUAUUUUCUCUUAUUC